AUGUAUAUUAUAGUAUUUGGAGGUGAUCCUUCCUUAAUUACUUUAUUUGGUGAAAGUGCUGGAGGAGCUUCUGUUUCCAUGCAUAUGUUAUCACCCCUUUCUCAGCCUUAUUUUACUCGGUCAAUUUUACAAAGUGGAGCAGCUACUGCCCCCUGGGCAGUAGAAAAUAAGCAGGUAGCAUUGCACAGAGCUGUUAUUUUAUAUGAAUAUAUGAAAUGCGGAAAUGGAAAUAUGUCUCAUUUAGCCCCAGACCAAUGGAAUAUGGACGAGGUUUUGAGAUGUUUGCAUGAGGCAUCUGCUGAUAAACUUAGAGACUCAGAAUGGAGUCCAGUAAUGGAAUUUGCAGACUUUCCUUGGGUGCCUGUUAUCGAUGGAGAAUUUCUUGUAGAAAAUAUAGAAACUUCCUUAAAACGAGGAAAUUUUAAGAAAACACAAUUAUUGGCUGGAAGUAAUUUUGAUGAGGCUAGAAAAUUAAAAGAAAAUUUUAGAAACUUUUUUUUUAUUUUUAAGGCAAUUUAUUUUAUUGUCUAUCAAUUAGCGAUAUUAAAAUCAUCCCUUGCAUUACAAUCAAUUUUAAAUUAUUAUGAACCUGAAGGUUUACCUAUAGAAUCGAAACAUUGGGUAGAUAGUCUUGAUAAAAUGCUUGGAGAUUUUUUAUUUACUUGUAAUGUUAAUGAAUUUGCUUUGGCACAUAGUGAGCAUGGAGCAGAUACUUAUUAUUAUAUGUUUUCACAUCGGGCAUCUCAACAAACUUGGCCUGAAUGGAUGGGCGUUCUGCACGGUUACGAAAUUAAUUUUAUUUUUGGUGAACCUUAUAAUCGGAAACAAUUUAAAUACACAAAAGAAGAACAAGAAUUGAGUUCUCGUUUUAUGCGUUUUUGGGCAAAUUUUGCACGUACAGGCGACCCAAACCGCAAUCCAGACAAUUCUUAUAUUUCUGAUUGGCCUCCAUAUAAUUCAAAAACUAUGGAAUAUAUAAAUUUAACAAUAGAAUCAGAUUAUAUACAGAAAGGUGCUAAACGAAUAGGCACUGGUCCAAGAAGAAAACAUUGCAAUUUUUGGAAAUUUAUUCCAAAAUUAAUUUCUAUUUCUGGUAAAUUUUUUAAAAAUUAUUUAAUAAAAAAAGGCUGUGUAAUGUAG